GUAUAAUAAGUGACACCAAAAAAUCUAGGUCAGCCCUAAAAGUUUCAUUUAUUGAUAUUCAGUGAAACCCAAGCAUAAAAUACAGUGUAAAAAUCGUAAUUUUUGGUUCAUUCCUUGUGCGUCUUAAAGAGCAAACUGAGUAAACAAAAGGUCUGAAACAUUCUGAUACGUUUUUCUAUGUUUCCCCAAAGACACACUUAGAAACCUCAGAAAAUAAACAUGUGGUCCAGUGCCAUAAGAGGCCGUCUUGUUGGACUUUUGUUUUGUUCAUUGACUUAAAUGAGGCCAGAAGGGGCUUAUCUCUCUUUAAUAACAAAUAUAUAAAAGGCACAGACAGAUGUGUGGAAUAUGAAGAUGGAACGUCCAAGAAAAUAAUUUCAGUCGACUCAGAUAACCGUCUCUUAUGUCUAUUGUUAUGUCUGUCGCAACCGAACAAUUCAUUUUAAAAAACACGAUAAAUCUUGACUUUGUAAACAGUCAACGAUCUCACUGCAAGUGUUCUUCUUAUCAUAAAACGUGCCUCAAAUCGCAUCAAUCCCGGAAAAAUCUGAUUCUGAUAAGCCGAAUUUUAUAGAUAAUAAUCAAAUAACAGAAGUUAUAAAGUACAAUGUCUUUAGAAUGGAACCGGUGAGAGACGAAAUCCCUGAGAAAAAAUCACCCAUAACUUACUACUAUGAAGCGUUUGAAUUGGACACGUACUUUACUCAAAAUAAAAUAAAAAUACCUGAAGUGGAAAAGUCUGGAUUCUCUUUUCGCAAAUUAUGGGCUUUCACAGGACCUGGAUUCUUAAUGUCAAUUGCUUAUCUAGAUCCUGGCAAUAUAGAAAGUGAUUUGCAGUCGGGCUCUGUUGGAAGGUAUCGUCUACUAUGGGUUUUGUUCUUAGCCACGAUAUUAGGAUACUUAUUGCAGUCGCUUGCAUCAAAACUCGGAGUUGUCACCGGGUUGCAUUUGGCUGAAAUGUGUUACAGACAAUAUAGAAAAUUUCCGCGACUGGUUCUUUGGAUAAUGGUUGAAAUUGCUGUUAUUGGUUCAGAUAUGCAAGAAGUUAUAGGCACCUCGAUAGCUAUAUACUUACUGUCAAACAAACUCAUACCAUUGUGGGCGGGUUGUUUGAUAACAAUAGCCGACACCUUCACAUUUUUAUUCUUGGACAGAUACGGUUUGCGAAAAUUGGAAUUGUUCUUUGGUGUCCUCAUUUCCAUCAUGGGCAUAACUUUCGGCUACGAAUACGUAGUAUCCAAACCUCCACAAGAAGAAGUGGUGAAGGGGUUGUUCAUCCCAUGGUGUGACGGAUGCGAUUCGAACGUUCUCCUUCAAGCCGUUGGUGUGAUAGGAGCCGUUCUCAUGCCCCACAAUCUCUACCUACAUUCAGCUUUAGUCAAAUCUAGAGAAGUAGAUCGCAAACUUCCAGAAAAAAUAAAAGAGGCCCGGAUGUACUACUUCAUAGAAAACGGCAUCGCCUUGGUCUGCAGCUUCGUCAUAAACAUCUUUGUAGUGUCGGUUUUCGCUUUCGGUCUCUUUAACAAAACCAACAAUGAUAUACUGAACGGGUGCCCUAAAAAUGAAUCUCUGGUCUACGACAGAGCGGUGGAAGUUUUUGAAGCCAACGAUGAAUUAGUGGAUGCGGAUAUAUACAGAGGGGGAGUGUACUUAGGGUGUGCGUAUGGGCCCGCAGCUAUGUACAUAUGGGCAAUAGGGAUUUUAUCAGCAGGACAGAGCUCGACCAUGACAGGAACGUACUCUGGACAAUUUGCUAUGGAAGGGUUUCUGGAUUUGCAAUGGGCCAGAUGGAAAAGAGUGUUAUUCACUAGAAGCAUAGCCAUGGUACCGACUUUCUUCACCGCCUUCUUCAGCUCUCUAAAUGAACUGACGGCCAUGAAUGAUUUUCUUAACGCUGUUAUGAGUCUUCAGCUGCCUUUCGCUAUUAUUCCGAUGGUGGCGUUUACCAGCAAUCCCAAAAUAAUGGGUGAAUUUGUAAAUAACAUGGCUAUGAAGAUUAUUUUCAUUCUUCUCAGUUUUGUGAUUAUUGGUAUUAAUAUAUUCUUCGUUACGGGAACCAUCAUGGAAUUAGACAUGGACAGUAACAUAUUUAUUGCGAUAGGAAUUCUGGCUGCAGCUUACUUUGCAUUCGUAUUGUAUCUUGCACUGCAUUUGUAUAUUUCCUUAGGCAACAAAAAAAUUGAAACUCAUCCUUGGAUUCAAAAAUAUGUGAUAUAUGCUGAAAUGAAUACUCCGAAGAGAAAGAACAAUACUGGUAAAAAAGAUAUUGAAGCUUGAUUAU